GUUGCUGUAAUUGGUCUUACUUUGUUGCCAAGCUGUUUCCAAAACAAAGAAGUGUGUGCUUAUUAUCUGGCACGAACCCUGAGGAGAGGGUUACUUGGAAUUCAAUCAUGGCAAGGUACAGUGCUCAGGAGGUCGUCGACUUCGUUACGGGUGAGGAAACCAGCAGCUCCGAUGAGGAUAGUGUACAGCCCAGCAGUACAACACAGGAGGUUGAAGAGAUCUGCGCCGAGGACGAGAUCUUUCCCUCCCGCAAAAGUGAAAUAACAUGGACAACCAGAGCAGAAGAUCGUGCUGCAGGUAGACUGCCAGCACGACACAUCCUGAGGACACCUCCAGGACCAACGAGGCAGUGCGUGUCACAGGCAGGGGACAUUAUAUCUGCCUUCAAAGCUUUCCUGCCUAGAUCAAUAGAGAGCAUCGUUGUCAGCAUGACAAAUAUAGAAGGCAGAAAGAGGUUUACUAGCAGCUGGGUGGACAUGACAACUGUUGAAUUGGAUGCCUUCAUCGGCGUCUGCAUUCUAGCAGGCGUAUUCAAGUCCAAAGGAGAGUCCGUCGCCAGCCUUUGGGAAUCGAAAUUUGGGAGACCAAUCUUCCCAGCGAUCAUGAGCAGGGUGCGGUUUGAGCAGCUGACAGUGACCCUAAGGUUUGACGACAAAGGAUCGUGGGCAAGUAGAAGAACGGGUGACAAGCUUGCACUUAUCAGAGACAUCUGGGACCUGAGGUCAGGAAAUCUCCCGGCGAUGUACAAUCUUGGCAAGUACGACAAUCUUGGUACGACUUGACAGUGGACGAGCGCCUGGUACCAUUCAAAGGUACGUAAAAUGUGUUAUUUUUUAUUACCGAUCUACAGUUAUUAUAUAUACAUUGCUUCAAGUUUAUUGUUCAAAUAUAGAUCUCAUGUUCAUUAGCAAUGAAUCGUAAUGUAUCAUUGAUUUCGACCAGUUACCUUUUUCAUGAUUUGUGCCCGAGUAGUUAGGAGUUAGAUUGUAACGGGUUACCUAAAAAUGUGUACGUUGUAUCCGAUUGCUUCAUUUGACAUCAAAUUGAUAUUCCCCCGAUGCGUCCUUGCAGGACGCUGCUCCUUCAGGCAAUAUAUGCCUCGCAAGCCCGGGAGGUACGGACAAAAAAUCUGGGCGCUGUGCGACACCAGGCCAAGCUACUGCUGGCGAGUGAAGCUGUACACGUGAAAGCCUCCGGGGGAGGCACGGGAGGUCGAUGUGGGUAAAAAAGUGGUGUUGGAACUGUCUGAGGGGCUGAGGGGGCACACCAUCACUCUUGAUAAUUUUUUCACCUCCUUCAGUCUGGGACAGGAGCUCCUCAAGCGCAACAUGACAAUGGUAGGCACUGUGCGCUGAAAUCGUCCAGAGCUGCCGCCUGCCCUGCUAGCAGCUAAGGGCAGGCUUGUACACUCUUCAAAGUUCGCAUUUUCCCAAGGCACCACACUGGUGUCUUACAUGCCAAAAAAAAACAAAAACGUGAUUCUAAUGAGCACGUUCCACACCAAGCCAAAUAUAAGCCAACGGCAAGACAAAAAGCCAGAAAUGAUAAUGUUUUACAACAAAACGAAGGCAGGGGUUGACACCAUGGACCAGCUCAUUUCCAACUAUUCGUGCAGAAGGAAAACCCCUCGCUGGCCCCUUGCAACGUUUUACAAUAUGCUGGACAUUUCGGCGCACGAUGCCUACUUCGUGUGGCGGGAGGUCAAUCCUUGAUGGAGGACAGGAUCGAAAAGGAGGCGCAGGGUAUUCCUGCAAGAGCUAGUCGAAGCCCUAAUCGCUCCCACUGUUCUGCAGCGAACGCGUCUUCCUCGAGGGCCCUUUGCUGCAGCGGCGGUGAAAUCGUUUAGGGACACCCAGCCCGGUCCAGUCCCGCCUCCCCCGGAAGCGAAAUCUAAGAGAGAGAAUUGCAGCCUGUGCCAUUAUUCUGCUGACCGCAAA